CGCUUGUCGCGUCCGAAAAAAAUAACAGAAGUAGCCAAUAUGUUUAAGACUGACACUGUAACCGAAAGUGAAAAACAAGAGGAUAGUGACGAUAAGAUGGGAAUUGGUGAACAAAAUGUGUCAGUCACACAGCCAACUCCAGGUGUAAGGCGAAAACCAACUUGUAUAAUCGUCCUUGGAAUGGCUGGUUCGGGAAAAACAACUUUUGUCAAGAAAAUAACAUCGACUUUGUAUAACAGUGGUAAACCAUAUGUUAUCAAUCUGGAUCCUGCUUGUUCCGAAGUCCCUUACCCAGCCAAUAUAGACAUCAGAGACACGGUCAACUACAAGGAGGUCAUGAAGCAGUAUGGAUUGGGCCCAAACGGUGGUAUUGUUACAGCACUGAAUUUAUUCUCAACAAAAUUUGACCAGGUGAUAAAACUGGUUGAAAAAGCAGGAGAGGAACACGAAUUUGUUAUUUUGGAUACUCCUGGUCAAAUAGAGGUUUUCACUUGGUCAGCCAGCGGCACGAUCAUAACCGAGGCAUUGGCUUCCGAAUUUCCAACCGUCGUUGUCUACGUUAUGGAUACUGUGAGGAGCGUCAGCCCAGUUACCUUUAUGUCAAAUAUGCUAUACGCAUGUUCUAUACUUUACAAGACCAGACUUCCAUUCGUUAUAGCAAUGAAUAAGAUAGAUGUCGUUGAGCACAGCUAUGCAGUGGAUUGGAUGCAAGAUUUUGAAUCAUUCCAAGAAGCCUUGGAAUCAGAGACUAGCUACAUAAGUAACUUGACACGCAGUUUGGCAUUAGCGCUUGAUGAAUUCUAUUGCCACUUGCGCAGUUGUGGUGUCUCGGCACUGACUGGAGAUGGAAUUCCCCGCUUCUUCAAGCUGAUCGAAGAAGCCGCUAAAGAAUACGAAACAGACUACAAAAAAGAUUGGGAAAGAAUCCGAGUGGAGAAUGCAAAAGCACAGGAAGAAGCGAGGAAAUUGCAAUUGAGAAAGGCAGCUCAGGAAGGCUCAGGCGAUGUUGUUUCAAUGGUCAGUACAGUUAGUGUUGGACGUGAGAUAGCAGAUAUCUAUUUGAAACACCCAGCCAACGAGUCUAGCGAUGAUGACGAAGGCGAAGAGAAUUCUGGAGAUCCAGGAGAAGAUGAGGAUGAAAAAAAAGAAGCAGAAUCGUUCAAAAGUUUUCUAGCAAAACAAAAAGCCGAACAGGACAGAAGAGCAAGGACCCAAAAAAGUGAACCGAGUACCAGCAAAGGAGGCUGACAUAUUUGUCAUCAUACAAUACACUAUUCGAGAAUAACGUUUGUUGAUGAAAAAAUUUAUUGAUACUAAAUUUUUAAGGCCCUUGUACCACGCAAAUCUUUGUACAAAAAAUAUACUUUAAUACCUAUCAA